ACAUUGAAAAGAACAUCGUCAUGACGAACGGACGCACAUUACUAUUGUUGUUCUCUUACAGUGCUACGGUUGGUUAUAAACUGAUUGGUCAACAGUGCCAAUGAAAUUGACUAGAAGUGAAAUUUCACGAAGAAUUUUAAUUUAUGUGUGAAAUUAUUUUGGUUUGUUUUUUAAGUAAAAUAAUUGCUAAAACAACAACUAUUUACUAAAAUACUCCCAAUUAAAAUAUGGAAUUCGAAAUUUUUAACCAUUAUCCACUCACAUUGGAUAUGAUAUAUGAAGCGCAAAAAAGUACGAGUCCCACGUACUCGGAAAUAUCCAAUACCAGCGAGCCAGAAAAGCCGAGGAGGGAGGUGAAUGCACGUGAACGUAAUCGCACACAAAGGUUUGUCAAUUCGGCCUUUACAACACUACGCAGCUUAAUACCAACAGACCCGUGUGACCGUAAAUUAUCAAAGAUUGAAAUAUUGCGUUUGGCCAAGAGCUACAUAGGACAUCUGGAUGCGGUCAUAAUGACAGGCAACAGUGAGAAGCCAUGUGCGAGUUUUUCCAGCCCACAUCAAUGCGAAAAUAGGACCGCAGCAGACAAGACCAGAUCGAAUAUCUGCACAUUUUGCGCAACGCUAAGCGGAAAUAAAAAUUAGCGAUUAUUUUACUUGUAUGGCAUACGAGUAUUUCAGUAAAUGGUUAUAUUAACGGAUUAAAAAUUUUACCAAAGCAACUAUCUAUUUAAAAAAAAAAAAAACGAAUCAGUAUUUAAUAUAAGUAUUUUGGACGCAUAAAAUGAUUGUUUUGCUAAAUAUAAGUAUUUUUUAUCUAUCAAGUAUCAUGCGCUGUUCAUAAUAUUUAUACAUAUUUUGUAAGUAAAUUCGGUAAUUUUAAGAAUGUGUGCAUUUUAUUAUCGCAAUUAUUUAUUUUCUACUCCUUAAUUUUUUUCAUGAAUAAAUCUUUUAUCAAAUAAAACCCAUAUAUUAGUACA